AUGCCACCGCAUCUUCAUCCGCGGUCGCGGUCAACAACAGGCCUGUUCGCCGGCACCUUGCUGGCAUCGUUGCUGGUCGUCGGCAUUCCGCACGUCUUUCCCUGUCCGUCCCCGCGACGUACCUUCGCCGACUCAGAAAUGAUCAUCACAGCCGAUGGGCAACAAGUGCCACGAAUCCGACGCCGGCGGAGGAAAGACGUUGAGAUGGGGGCAGAUGCGCCUCCACCUGACCAACCGACACCUUCCGGAUCCACCGACGAGGAAGUGUCUACCUUCUUCCAGAUGGAGGAGGAGGCUGAGAAACUUGCACAGGUCGGCCACGAGUGCCCUGUACCAAAGCCUAAAGGUGUUCUUGGUCAGUUGCUGGGAUUCCGUGAUGCGCCGAGCCAGCAGCCCCAGUCACUGGGAUCGUCUGAUGAAGGCCACUAA